ACUUUUGCGAACCGUGCAUUCAGUGCAAAUUAACAAAAUUAUCAAGUUCAAACUACGUGUGGUUGAAACGUUCCGUUUCGUCGAUUCGUUCAUCAGUCGCGUCCACCCGCGACACUAGAUCACUCGCCUCCGUCAAACGCGCGCGAACAUGCAAAAUAUGGCGCGAAAACUCCUCUUACGCGAAAUUAAAAACUUAAAAUGGCAAAGGAAACUUUCAACUAGUGCUGUGUUUAGGAACGAAGAUUUUAUUAUAAGGUCUACUAUUCCUGAUAUUGUUGUGCCUAAAACUAGGUUUGUUGAUCGUUUGUGGGCUGAGUCGGCGGGAUACAAAAAUUUAGUUGCACUGGAAAGCGCUGAAACUAAGAAGACCUACACUUACUCACAGCUGGAAAAGAACACAUCUGCCUUCGCAACUUCUUUGUUAAAGAAGUUCGGUUUGAAACCGGGAGAUGUCGUUGCUGUCAUGUUGCCAAAUUGUCCCGAAUUCCCCGUGGUGGCGUUCGGGAGCUUCCAAGCGGGAUGUGUACUUACGACUGUCAACCCUAUUUAUAAAGAGUUCGAACUCAAACAUCAAAUAACAAUCACGGAGCCAAAACUGUUCAUAACCAUACCAGAAUGCUACGACAUCGUUACAAAGUCAUUGAAGGCGGCUAACAUACAAGCAAAAAUAGUCCUUGUUGACAAUCCUAGCAAACCAGUGCCUGAUGGUGUUGUGAGAUAUUCAGAAGUCGCUGAAUCGGGUGAAGCUGAUUUUGGGCUAUUAGACAAGGUGGAAAGGAAAGGGGAUGAUGUAGCCUGCAUUCCAUUUUCUAGUGGAACUACUGGACUUCCCAAAGGAGUGGAAAUAACCUUCGACAAUAUUUUAGCUGGGAUGGAAGUUAUGCAUCAAAAAGAAAACUGCUUUCCUCACGUAGCCAAUAGUGAUUUCCAAGAUAUUCUUCCUGCAUUCCUGCCAUUCUUCCACAUCUAUGGACUGGUGAUUGGUCUCAUGGGCCAUUUGUCUAAGGGCUGCAAAUUGGUGACCAUGGCUAAAUUCUCAGCUAGCUUGUACUUGGACAUUUUGAAGACACAACAAACUACGCUGCUGUAUAUCGUUCCUCCUGUUGCGAUACUCCUGGGCAAGCAUCCAGAUGUGAAUGAAGCUCACUACCGUUCCGUCCGACACAUCAUUUGCGGUGCUGCGCCGUUGGCUGGAUCUGAUGUUGAAGCUAUUUUACACAAGAGUAAACGACCAAUUGAAUUCAACCAAGGCUUCGGUAUGACGGAGACUACGUCUUUGGGUACAUCGACCUUCAAGGGAACUAAGAAUGUGGACUUCAAUGCCUGUGGUGUUCCCAUGGCGAGUGUGCAGCUGAUGUUUGCUGAUCCUAUCACUGGAAAUCCUGUGCCUGUUGGGCAAUCUGGAGAAAUGUACAUCAAGAGUCCUACAGUGAUGAAGGGAUACCACAAAAACCCCAAGGCGACAGAAGAAACGAUGACCAAGGACGGUUUCUUCAAGACUGGAGACUUGGGCUACUUCAAACCAGGCGUCGGAUUAUUUAUUACUGAUAGGAUAAAAGAACUGAUUAAGGUCAAAGGCAUGCAAGUAGCACCAGCUGAACUAGAAAGUCUCCUACGGACACACCCAGCAGUGCAAGACGCAGCUGUCAUCGGUGUACCUCAUGAAUUCUACGGAGAAGCACCAAAAGCCUUCAUCAUCAGAAAGAAUGGUCUGAAGAUCACAGAAGAAGAGCUACAAGACUUUGUAGCGAGUAAAGUAGCAGUAUACAAGAAGAUUGAGGAAGUUAUGUUCGUUGAUGAAAUCCCUAAAACCGCGUCUGGUAAGAUCUUGAGGAAAGAAUUGAAGAAGAUGUACGCGUAGUAGUGGAAGACUUUGCUGACUUAGAUGCUUCUGGAUUAAGGACUGAAUCAGAUCUGAAUUCACUUUGCUGAAAAGAUAAUGAACAUGAAUGCUUUGUUAAAAAUGAGCUACUUAUUAAGAUACGGGUUGGUCCGAAGGAUAAAAAGCAUUCUAUGGAAAACUAAAUUGUUUUCUGAGAAAAAUGAAGGACUUGCGAGAUUUCUUUUAGUUAAAAGACAAAUCAAAAGCAAGUAAAUGGAUUUUGUGUCUCGCAAAGUUGAAGAGGUAUUAGGGUUUAGUCUAAUCCAGUGGCAGAAAAGUUAGCAAUACCUCAAGUGCCUUAACGUAUGUUUUAGAAAAUGGGACGUUUUCUGGUUACUAUGUAAUUGUUCAGUAAUAUAUGUAAGUAUAUAGGUACAAGUUAGGUUGAGGUUAUUAAAAUAUCUGCCAUAUUUGAUUGUAUAUAAAAAUCAAAUUCCUUUAUCCUAAUCAUUGUAUAGUAACGGUUGUUGCUUAGCAAAACUGACUUCUAUUAUCUUUAUCAUUAUGACGGGUAUUUGAAUAAUCUAUUGUUGUAAAUACUUUUAAUGUAAUGAAGGUUGGAUUGCUAGGAGCUUAUUAAUAUUAUUUGUUGGUUAGGUAAUGGAGUGCCUUUGAAUUUUUAUCCAUAGGACUUUGUAUGAUGCUAAUUCUGUUAAACGUAGGACAAAAGUCUUUCAAAUCAAUUUUAUAACCGAAUGAGAACGAGAACUGUUCCUUCUUUUCUCUUUGAAUGAUAUCUUCUCACACUGAUUCUUCUCGGGUUGGGCACAUGAGCAUAGCCUGCCAGAAAACUAGCUGUCCUCCUCUUGUAUCUUCUUUUGUGGUUUAUUGUUUUGUUUGUUUAAAGUGAUUCAUCAGUACUUGUACUACUAUGUACUUGGCCAUAGGCAUAGUACAUAGUAGUUUCUUAAUUUUUGUAUGUAAGUGAGUCGUCCUGAAUUACUUUUGAGUCUCAGAUUUAAACCAGAUUGCAAUUUUACUCAAAAACAGAAUUAGCGUCAUUAAGUUCUCUGUCCACUAUCGCAUUGUUAUCGCAUUUAAUUUGUUAAAGUUUUGGAGGAUUUAGUGUAAACAGUUUAAUUAUAAUGAGCGUUGAAUACAUUGGGAGAUAAACCUCGAAUAACAAGUCAUUGAUAUAAACUGUAAAGUAAAUUUUCUGGAUUUUGGAUUAUCUGGUUACCGUAAUAUACCUAAGUUGAAUAAAAAUUGUGAAUUUCUUUUUAAUAGUUAUGGCUUAUUGUAAAAGACCUUAAUAUGAUUCCUUACCAAAUCAAAUAAUACUUUUGAAUUUGGUAAAAUUGUUUGAGGUGGAAAAAUUAUUCAAUGACUUCUCCCAUCUUGGGCGAGGCGAGAGGGAGUGUCAGACUUCCACUGACUAAAAACCACCCAGUUUCUACUCUUGCUUUUCGAGCCGGAGCCCCGGUAACCCGCUAGGUAGUCCGCAGCUCCGGGAAAAUUACUUUGUUUAUAUGUUUUUUUUUUUCAAUUUCCUUUGGUAGCCUUAUCCGGAUUUUAUAUAACCUUUUUUGUAAUAUUGAUCUCUUUAUAGAAAAGACAGCCAAAUGUCUGUGUGUCAUAAUAAUACACUUUUCUACCUAUAUGUUGUCCUUGAAAAUGUCAUUAAGAACUUUAAAAAAAUAUUCACGUAAAAAAUGCUACAUAAUAUUUUGUAAAUGUGUGCAUAAACUACCUAUCUAUUAUUAAGAGAAUCGUUUUUAUAUUUUAGUUUUUAAGGAAUAAAUUAAUUUUAUAAAAACAAA